AUGGAGUCGGUCCCUUUUUACCGUCUCUUCCCCUACCGCACUGCCCCCCUCCCUCCCCCGCCGCUUUUCCUUGCUCCUGGUCCCCCUCCGGUAGACCCCCUUCCCCCUCAGGGUCCUGCUCCCUCAGGUGUCUCUCAGGUAGACCCUCCUCCCGUCGCUGAGCCUGUCGAGGUCACAGGUGACUCAGGUGCUGCUGCGGGUGGUGCUGCUGGGAGUGCUGAGCCUGGGGGUGCUGAGCCUGGGGGUGCUGGGCCUGGGGGAGCUGGGGCUGCAGGUGCUGGGACUGAGGGUGCUGGAGCUGAGGGUACGGUGCCUGAGAGUACGGAGCCUGGGGGUGCUGCGCCUGGGGGUACUGAGCCUGCGGGUGCGAGGCCUGGGAGUGCUGGGACUGCGGGUGCUGGAGCUGAGGGUACUGUGCCUGAGAGUUUGCCGCCUGGGGGUGCUGAGCCUGGGGGUGCUGCGACUGGGGGUGCUGAGCCUGCGGGUACUGAGCCUGCGGGUACUGAGCCUGGGGGUGCUGCUACUGAGCCUACGGAGCCUCGGGUUACUGUGUCUGGGGGUGCUCCGGUUCGGGGUGCUGAGCAGUCUCUCACACCGCAGCAGCUUCGUGACUGGUACGUCCGACGCUUUCGCCGUCCUAGUGGCUCGGCUGGAGUUGGGGGUGCUGGAGUUGCUCGUCCUGGGGGUGCUCGUACUGGGGGUACUGGAGCUGCCGGGACUGGCUGUUCUGGGAGCACUGCGACUGGAGCUGCUGGAGCUGGGGACUCUGGCGCUGGCGGUGCUAGCGGAGUUGGAGCUCCCGACUCUGGGGGUGGCGCUGCUGCUGGUGCUGCGGACCCACCUGGUGGAGCUGCUGCUGGAGCUGGGGACCCGGCCGGUGGAGCUGCUGCUGGUGCUGUGGACCCGGACGCUGGAGCUCCUACUGGUGCUGAGGACCCGGCCGCUGGAGUCCCUUCUGCUUCUGGAGACGCUGCGCGGCCGCGACCGUACUUCGUACCGCUCCUUCAGCAGGUUCUUGGGCAGGCUCCUCCUCCUUGUCCUCCUCCCUCCGUAGAGUGUCCUCCGCCUGUCCAGCCGCAGUCACAGUUACCGCCUACCUCGCCUCUCCCUGCUCCCUCUCCUUACACUGGUCCCACAGGAGGUCUUACAGAGCGUCGUGAGCCUGAGUCUCGUCCUGCGUCGCCUGUUCGUCCUGCUCGCACUGGUAGUCGUGUCCGUCGUGAGCGUCCUCCUCCUGUCCCAGGCACUCACUACAUGACUCUGCGUCCCUCUACUGCUCCUCGGCGUGUCCCUCUACCGUCUCCUCCUGCGUCCUCUUUGCCUGCCGUUCCGGACCCUGAGUCUGACCGGUAUCGCGCUGAGCACCCUACAGUCACGCGUCUCCUUGCUACUGUUGUCACUGACCCCACCUUUGAGUCCUCGGCUGCGUCUGCUCUGGUCGCUGAGUUGGUUGACUUUGCUGCUGCCUGUCGUCUAGACUACGCUGCUAGUCUUGUCGCUGAGUCUGAGUCUGAGUCUGUCUCUCCUCCGUCCGUCGGGGGUGAGUGUGCUCUUGGCACGGACGUCCUUGAGGACAGGCAGGAGGACUUUGACUCACUUGCGGCUGCUGUACCUCAUCUCGUGGCCUGGUUGCUUGCCCCUGAGGGAGACCCGGAUGCAGUAGACAUCCCCACUCCGCGCACUUACGCUGAGGCGAUCGCGAGUCCCUACUCCUCUCAGUGGCAGACAGCCAUGGACGCAGAGAUGGCAUCCUGGAAGUCCACAGGCACCUACGUCGACGAGGUUCCCCCUCCUGGGGCGAACAUCGUCGAUGGUAUGUGGAUUUUCAGGGUGAAGCGGCCGCCAGGUUCUCCGCCUGUCUUCAAGGCUCGUUACGUUGCUAGAGGCUUCAGUCAGCGUCAGGGGGUCGACUUCUUCCAGACCUUCUCCCCCACCCCGAAGAUGACCACUCUUCGGGUUCUGCUGCACGUUGCUGCUCAGCGUGACUACGAGCUUCACUCUCUUGACUUCAGCACAGCGUUCCUGCAGGGCAGCCUGCACGAGGAGAUCUGGCUGCGCCGCCCACCUGGCUUUACUGGGUCGUUUCCCCCUGGUACCCAGUGGAGUCUCCGCCGGCCAGUCUACGGUCUCCGCCAGGCGCCACGUGAGUGGCACGACACACUGAGGACUACUCUUGCGGCUCUUGGGUUCGCGCCGUCUACUGCUGACCCGUCGCUGUUUCUGCGCACAGACACGUCGCUGCCGCCGUUCUACAUCCUCGUGUACGUCGACGACUUGGUCUUUGCUACUGCUGACACUGAGGCACUCGCUCGUGUGAAGUCGGAGCUGCAGAAGAGACACACCUGCACUGACCUGGGUGAACUGCGUAGCUACCUUGGCUUGCAGAUCACCCGGGACAGAGCUCGCCGCACCAUCACCCUGACUCAGUCACACAUGGUGCAGCAGGUCCUUCAGCGCUUCGGCUUCCAGUUCUCCUCACCACAGGCCACACCUCUGGCUACCAGCCACUCGCUCUCAGCUCCACCUUCGGACGAGUCCGUAGAGCCGAGUGGCCCGUACCCAGAGCUUGUAGGCUGCCUCAUGUACCUGAUGACUUGCACGCGACCUGACCUCGCGUACCCUCUUAGCAUCCUUGCUCGUUACGUUGCGCCUGGGAGACACAGGCGAGAGCACUGGGAGGCUGCUAAGAGGGUGCUGCGUUACCUGUGCAGUACAUCAGGCAUGGGGCUGGUGCUUGGAGGACGCGACAGAGUUGUCCUCACUGGUCACUCGGACGCCUCUUGGGUGGACGACCUGGCUACGCAGCGGUCGUCACAGGGUUACACCUUCAGCCUUGGCUCAGGUUCUGUCUCGUGGCGGUCCACCCGCUCUUCCUCUGUUCUCGGCUCUAGUUGUGAGGCUGAGAUCUACGCCACAGCCAUGGCUGCACAGGAGUUACGCUGGCUCACCUACCUGCUGACUGACUUGGGAGAGCGGCCUAGUUCUCCUCCAGUUCUGUACGGUGACAACAAGGCGGCUCUUGCCUUGUGUCAGGAGCACAGACUGGAGCACAGGACGAAGCACAUUGCUCUUCGCUACUUUCUUGCUCGAGAGCUUCAGCAGCGCGGUCAGCUUCGGCUUGUGUACGUGGACUCGAAGGCCAACACUGCUGAUAUCUUCACCAAGGCGCUCCCGCCUAGUGAUCAUCAGCGGCACUGUACUUCUUUAGGCCUUGUGUCCACGUUUCCUCACUUGCUCACUGCUUGA